CCAGUCCAGACAGACAGAGGAUGGGCUGCCCGGGAGACAGAGCUCGUUUUGACGAUAUCUGACAUCCCGGGUGACAGUAUGCACACGCGUGGAUUCCGCAGCUAGAAACGCCAUGUCGUCCCGGGCUGAAGCCAGAUGUGACGCGUAUGUUUGUAGCUAGCUCGACUGUUAGCUUCGUCGUCCCCCGGCAGGGCAGGGAGCCGCGGUGCGCAGCUAGCAGCCCAGCUGGUCGGCUGCAGCACAAGACAGAGGAGCUGCUCGACAAGAUGAUGAGGCCUUAAAUGUCAACUCGACGACGGCACAUUCAGUCAUCAAACACAGACAUGGCCAGCCAGCUCCAGGUGUUCUCCUCCCCCUCUGUGUCCUCCAGUGCCUACUCUCGUUCAAAGAGGCUCAAGGUGGAGAACCCUGCCUGGGAUGUCACCAACCAGCUGGGAGACAAUGCUUACUACCAACAGAGCCCCAAUCAGGGAUCUGCCCCCUCCACAUCUGGGUCCAACUUCAACCCGGUGUACAACUCCAACCAGGUGCACCCGCCCACAGCGGGCUCCCGGGAGCAGACGGUGGUGCGGGCGGCAGACAGCACAGGCAGCCUCCGCGGGCCGCCCUCGUCGUCGUCCUCCUCCUCCUCCUCCAGCCGUCGCGUCAAGGAUGCGGAGUCCUCCUCGCAGCCGUGUGACCUCUACCACAAGCAGUACAGCUUGAAGAGGAAGAGCGAGGAGGUGGACAGCAGCGACAGCGUGCAGAUACUGGAGGAACUGUCAGCCCCCGUGGUGUCGAACCGCACCGGAGGCGGAGGGGGAACCACCACAGCACAGUCCAUAGCACAUUCCACGUCCACCACCAAGAGCAGCAACUCCCACAGCGAGGGGGACUACCAGCUGGUGCAGCAUGAGAUCCUGUGCUCGGUGUCCAACAGCUACGAGGUGCUGGAGUUCCUGGGUCGUGGCACCUUUGGCCAGGUGGCAAAAUGCUGGAAGCGUGGCACAAACGAGAUAGUGGCAAUUAAAAUCUUGAAGAACCAUCCCUCGUAUGCUCGGCAAGGUCAAAUAGAAGUGAGCAUUCUGAGCAGGCUUAGCACAGAGAACGCCGAUGAAUUCAACUUUGUCCGUUCGUACGAGUGUUUCCAGCAUAAGAACCACACGUGCCUUGUGUUCGAGAUGCUGGAGCAGAACCUUUACGACUUCCUGAAGCACAGCAAGUUCAGCCCCCUGCUGCUCAAGUCCAUACGGCCCGUGCUGCAGCAGGUAGCCACGGCGCUGAUGAAGCUGAAAAGCUUGGGCUUGAUCCAUGCCGACCUGAAGCCUGAAAACAUUAUGCUGGUGGACCCUCUGAGGCAGCCGUACAGGGUGAAAGUCAUUGAUUUUGGCUCAGCCAGCCACGUGUCCAAAGCCGUUUGCUCCACCUAUCUGCAGUCACGGUACUACAGAGCGCCAGAGAUCAUUCUGGGCCUUCCUUUCUGCGAAGCGAUCGACAUGUGGUCUUUAGGAUGUGUCAUCGCUGAACUGUUCUUGGGAUGGCCGCUCUAUCCUGGUGCCUCAGAGUACGAUCAGAUUCGCUAUAUUUCCCAGACACAGGGUCUUCCUGCAGAGUAUUUGCUGAGUGCAGGAACAAAGACCAGCCGCUUUUUCAACAGAGGCCCCGAUUCAAGCUAUCCUCUCUGGAGACUCAAAACACCUGCAGAGCAUGAGGCAGAGAUGGGAAUUAAGUCAAAGGAGGCAAGGAAAUACAUCUUCAACUGUCUAGAUGAUAUGAUGCAGGUGAACAUGACAAGCCUAGAGGGGACGGACAUCCUGGCAGAGAAGGCUGACCGGCGGGAGUUCAUAGACCUGCUGAAGAAGAUGCUGACGCUGGACGCAGACAAGCGCAUCACGCCCAUGAAGACCCUCAACCACCCGUUUGUCACCAUGACCCACCUGCUGCACUUCCCUCACAGCUCACAUGUGAAGUCCUGCUUUCAAAAUAUGGAUAUAUGCAAACGCAGAUGUAGCGCCUUUGAGAAUGGCAAAAAUUUGUUUGCCAGUAACAACACCCCCAGCGCAGCCACCAACCUCACUGUAACUUUCAGCAGCCAACUAAACCAGCACAACCAGAUGGCCUCUACAGGCGGUCAGUCCCUGUCCCUGAGCAGUAACGUCCCACUGCUGAACUACCAGCCUGGCCUCUACCAGCAGGCCACCAUAAACAUCCCUGGUCUGGCCCAGCAGAGUGUGCCCCUGCAGACCAGACCCACCCAGCUUUGUGCCCAGACUGAGCCCUUCCAGCAAACACUCAUCGUUUGCCCACCCACCAUCCAGGGUCUUCAAACGUCCAAUAAGCACUCUGGCUACCCAGUGAGGAUGGACAACUCGGUGCCCUUAGUUCCGCAGAACCAGUCCUCCCAGCCUCUCCACAUUCAGCCUGGCAUGCUGGCACAGGCAUCCUUCAACCCCCUGAUGGUAGCCAGCCUGUUUGCCCCAGUGGCAGGAAUGCCACCCUUAGGCUCGGUCCCUCUGGCACUGGGCUGUGGGGCUGGAAGCCCUGGCAGCUUACUGGAUCAAAAUGCCUCCAUGCUGCAGGGCUGGCCAGCAGGCACUCAGCAGAUCCUCAUCCCGUCCACAUGGCAGCAGAUGCCAGGAAUGGCCAUCCAUAAUCCUGGGCAGGCUGUAGUUCCUGACUCACCCAUGGGUGCCCCCAUCUCUGACAGCCAGCAGACGUCCAGCUGGAGGGGUCGUCAUGGCAGCCAGUAUGAUAGCCUCAGCCAGCAGGAGUCUGGUGCGGGCCGGCAUGUCUCCUCCCAAAGCCACAACUCAGGAGCAGCUCACUCUAGAUCCCAACAGGGCAAGAGAUCCAAGGCUCGUCAUGCUGACAGCAGAGCGAGGCCUGUGUCAUCGCUGCAGUCAGCUACCACUGUGGUGCACAACUCUCCCACCUUGGCUGGCGACCAGUCUCAGCCCAUCGUCAUCUCCGACACCCCUAGUCCUGCUGUCAGCAUAAUCACCAUUCACAGUGACUCAGAGGAUGAAGAUGACAGGAAGUUCCCAGCUGCCUGCUCUGGAACGAGCCAGCGGACCAAUGUGAUUAGCUGUGUGACGGUGCACGACUCCCAUGACUCGGACUCGUCAACCAGCAGCCCUCUGAGCCCGAAGGCCAGCUCACAGCCCAUCAAGUCUCUGGCCAUCAUCAUGCCGUCGGUGAAGAGCCAGCCUGGGGAAAAUACAACUCACAAGGCCCCGGCAGCACCAGCAGAUCAAGCUACAAGUGGCUCUGGAAAGUCAAAGAGGGUGUCAGCUCAGCAGUCCAGUCGGUCAGGAGAUUCCAGCACCGAACGGCAUCCGCGGGCUGCAUCCAGCAGAUCUCAGCCUCUUAACCUGAGCCAGGUGCAACAGUCUGUGAUGUCAUCAUCACACGACCAAACAGGAAGCAGUAGUACCCUGAGGAGGCAGCCGACAUACCCCCCUCCUGUCUCCUCCCACUCGUCCUACCGGCUUCAUGAGACCUCUCUCUUCAGCUCCACCCCGAACCUGUAUGCCUACCCGGCGUCCGCCGCCCUGGCUUCUGUGUCCCAAGCCGUGGACCAGAUGCAAGGGGGCUCGUCCCGCCACAGUAGAGCCAGUGGUGCUUACUCCUCCCUGGGGCUGCUCCAGAAGAACAGCAGCUUGGCCCUGGCGGGUCCUGCUCCGGGACAGUACAGCCACCACCACCAACAACAGCAGCAACAGCAGCAGCAGCCGCAGCAGCUGGGAGGACAAACUUUCCACCGAUCCAAUGCUAACUACCAGCGAAAACUCAACCAGUACCCCUACCUGUGAGGACGGGCGGCUGACUGAGGUGGAACCACUAGAAUCCGGCGCUGUAGCCUUGCAUGAAGACCAAAUGGAGACCGAGACUAGGGCUCAUCACAGGUGACUGUGGUACAGGAUUUGUUUUCAACUUGACUUUUACCGUAGUUUAUUGUCCGACUCUUGUUUUCAAAACACGCUGCGAUUAUUUUGUAAAAGAAUGUAUGACAAAGUAAUCACAGAAUGUAUUAACAUUAUUUAUGGUCAGUCAUUUUCCUUAACUCUUUCAGUUUUGGAUUUUUCUCAUGCUGCGUACAAUAACAGCAGCAUUACGUUGUACGAGUUUUAAUGUGUCAAGCCAAGUUUUGGAAUCUAUUGAAUGAGAUAUGUGUACCGAGGAGAAACUGGAACUUUAUUCUUUCGCAUUAACUGUUAUGCUGCUCUUUAUCAUGGUGGAGAUUUUUUAAAUUAUUGUUAGAAACCUUAUAUCAUUGUCAUCAGAAUAAUUGUUUUACAGUUUGUACAUGAGGCUUAAAAAAAUACAUCCACACCCACACAGAACACUCUCAUUUUACUUAUUCAUGCCUAUAUUUUGAGUUUUAUUAUUUUAAAAUUUUAAUAUGUCAACACGUUGUGAGAUGGACUCAAGUGAAGUUGUUGUAUGUUUCAUUUAUGAAUGUAUUGUAUGUAUGUUAGCUGUAUUAUAGAUACCAAUGGAGAAAGUAAGCUACUGUACUGUAGGCUGAUGUGUCUUUGUGUUCUGAAACCGGUCUUCAGAUGUCGCCGUGUCAGUUCAGCCUAUGAACCGGCCUUUGGCUUCAUUAUAUUUAUAUGUUUAGUAUGUUGAACAAAACCAUACAUUUCAAUGCAGGUCAAAAGCAGGUGGUUUUCAGAGGAGAAUGUCACUUCCUGUUAUUUUUACAAUCCUGAAGUUAUUCUUAAGGUUGCAUGUGUCUGACAUGGAGUAGCAUUCAAGAGUGCUUUGUAGACUACCAAAGACGCUGUUUAGCAGCGUCGCUGGAGAACACACAAGGUCAGUGCAAUGUUUUGUGAUUUUUUUUUUAAUUUGUACGACAAACACUCUUCAUGAUAGUGGGAAAAUGUAAAGGCUCUUGUCUUGUUAAGUGAUGUUGUAUGUGAAGUUACGCGUGCACACUAAAAAAAAAAAAAGUUUGAUUGGAUAUCACACUAUAAAGUAACCGUGAAGCCAUUUAGAUAACAUUUCAAUUGUAAUAUCCACAGUAAUACCUUUUGAAUUCACUUUGUGAAUUAUGAAAUCUGACAAUGGUGAUCUCAUGACAAUACGAAUCGAUGUUCACUAUGUAACUGCUUCUAAAGAAAUCAUUGGCUUGGUGAAACAAUGGUUGUUCUUACAAUCCUGCUGUGUUGUGAAGUGCUACAUUACAUAGAACACACAAUGAACCUUAACACAUAUAUACAAUAAAAUCUUCUUAAAACA